AUUACUCGACUUCCGGUCGAGGAGCAACACAAGAGACGUCCCUGCGGCAGCGGAGAGACACAAUAACAAAGCCAUGGGAGAAAUGUCCGGCUUCGAGAACAGAUUUCACUCGUAUUCCACCACACAGCUACACGAACUGCUGGAGGACGAUGACAAGCUCCGUAAAAUCGUCGGGGAGAUGGACGAGAUGCAGGAUAUGCAGCAGAAUAAAGAGCUGACGAUAGCCAGUAAUCGCAGCCUGGCAGAGCAGAACCUGAGCCUGCAGCCUGAACUGGACCAUCAGAAGAUCCAGCUGACCAAACGCUACUGCUGUUUACAAGACCUGCACGAGUCCUAUCAGAUCCGCAAGUCCACGCUAGGAAACAGUUCACUAGACACAUUAUUGGCUCUUUUGCAAACCGAAGGAGCCAAGAUCGAGGAAGAAACAGAGAACAUGGCCGAUUCAUUCUUGGAUGGAUCCUUGCCUCUGGACAGCUUCAUUGAUGACUACCAGAGCAAGAGGAAGCUGGCGCAUCUGAGGCGCGUGAAGAUCGAUAAGCUACAGGAGAUUUUGCUGAAGGGUGUUCAUCUUCCUCAGGGUUCCUCUAAUGAUCCUUCACAAGCUCAGGAGACCCCAAACUCCACCGCACCUUUCCAAAGGCUAGCUAAUGGUUCUCCAGCUCAUGUAAGACCAUCAGCCACGUCCAACCCUUACAGCUCUCAGAGCGUCGGUGCUCCUCUGCCAAACAUGGUGCCAUCAUAUUCAUAUCCAUACCCACAAGCACUCGCUCAAGGACCCAGCGCUGGUCUUCCUCCACAGGCAGGUUUUAUAUUGCAAUGAUGUUCUUCUGCCUGAACCUUUCCACUAGAAUGUGAAAUGCCAUUUCUCCCCCUUUUUCUUUAGAUGCACUUUGAUCUUCAACAAUUUUGGGUUUGUGACCCAUUUGCAGGUCCACACAGAACUCAGCAGAUAUCUGCACAUUCUCUGCCAGCUGUAUGUAAUAAAUAUUUAGGCAGAUUUAAUUAUCCCUAAUCUCAGCUCUAUUUAAUGCAUUUUACCACAUUUAAAGGGAUAGUUCACCCAAAAAUGAAAGUUCUGUCAUCAUUUAUUUCAAGUUAUUCCAAAACUGUAUGAGUUUCUUUCUUCUGUUGAACACAAAAGAAACUAUUUUGAAGAAUGCUGGUAACCAGACAGUUGAUGGACCCCAUUGACAUCCAUAGUAGGAAAAAAAAAUACUACGGAAGUCAAUAGGCACCGUCAACUGUCUGGUUACCGACAUUCUUUAAAAUAGCUUCUUUUGUGUUCAACAGAAGAAAGAAACUCAUACAGGUUUGGAACAACUUGAUGGUGAGUAAAUGAUGACAGAAUUUUCAUUUUUGGGUGAACUACCCCUUUAAAUCCAGAAAAGUCUGCAGAUUUUGUGUGGACCUGCCUGUUGGUUAACAAUAUAUUAAUAUCAGUUUGUUUGCAGAACACUAAAUGCUAUGAUAUGCAUUAAGACUAUAAUUCAGAAUCAAACGUUUUCAUCAGAGAAGUAAUGUAAGUGACUUAUUAACAAUGGGGGGUAUUGCAUUUCCCAUGUAAAUAUCCCUAUUUGACUGAAAAUGAUAUUGAAACGGAUUUGAUUCUCAAAAACAGGCAGAAAAAUGAUUCUUAUGCACACGUAAGACAAUUUUACUGUGUACUUUUGUAUCCGUGAAGAAACCUUCCUAUCGUCACUGUAAUGAUAAUGAGACGAUAUUGACAUUUUGGACUUCUGGGUUAAAACUGACCAAAGAUGCACUCCACCUGUUCCAUGAGCGCUCCGUUAAGUGGUUUGGAAUAUAGGUUUGUUGGACUUAACCUUUCUUUUUUUUUUUUUUCAUUUAAACAUUAAAUGUUCAAAUACUUAUGUGGCAUUAACAGACCAGCCUGACUGUAGGUCUGCUAUAUGAAGACUUUCCUGGUGUUAAUCAGACUUUAGUAAACAGUUUAAUUAUACUAAACUGAAUCAAACUAUCCUUAAACAGCUACCAUAUUAAAUAGAAGAUUAUAUUAUUGAAAUAAUUAGAGCACUGUUUACAACGUUUCCGAUAUGUAAAGUGAUCUAUUUUGGCACUGUAUUUCUGAUGAGAUCUGUCUUUGCAGAGAAGUGCAGGUACUUUGAUGUAAAAUUGUCAUGCUGGGUUGUGACAAUUCUUGAGCAUGUUUUAUAUGAAGGAUGUUAUUAUGCAAGUCUGUAACGUUAGAAAGUAAAGUCACUUAUACUGAUGUAAGUACAGGUAAAAGAAAUCAAAAUGUGCCUUGCAACAGAACAAACAAGUGGCGUUUAAUGAAGAAAGCAUUUAAUCACACCGUUGCUGUGCUUUGAUAAAUCUUCGAAGCCAUCUACAACUUUUUGUUUCUGAAGACAAUUAAUGGUGCAGAACCCUUUUGAACUGUUUUAUCUAUAGUGUGGUAACCUGUAACACUCCUUAUGUAAAGUACUGUACAUUGUAGCUGUUUGGAUUAGUGAUUUAUUGGUGACUAGAUUUUUUUUAUGCUGAUUAAUAAACCUAAAUGACUAACAAAA